CUCCAUUGUUCCUUAUCUCUUUCACUCCUUUCUUUUCCUGUUCCUUCAUUCGACCUCUCACCCAUCUCAAUUCUCAUCCCCUCCUUUCUAUUAAAAAAAAAAAAAAAAAAAAAAAUUUCAACAAAUGUUGAAGUAAAACCAAAAUCAGGAAAAAAAGAAGAAGAAAGAAACCCAUUUUGCCAAAAUGAACCAAUUCUAGUUGGUUUUUUUUUUUUUUUGGUGAAUCGAGGAAGAAAGCAAAAAUGAACAAGAGGAAUCACGGAGAGACCUCUUCUGGAGGUGGGUUUGGAGUGAAAGGUAGUGGUGAGUGUUCAUCAUCGAGUUCAAGUGUUAAAGCAAAGAUGUGGGAUGAAGAGCAAGACGCAAGUGGAGGCAUGGAUGAACUAUUGGCUGUGCUGGGUUACAAGGUGAAGGCUUCUGAGAUGGCUAACGUGGCUGAGAAACUCGAGCAGCUCGAGAUGGUUAUGGGUACAACUCCAAAUCUUUCAUGUGAUUCGACCGUUCAUUACAACCCUUCUGAUCUUUCCGGAUGGGUUCAAAGUAUGCUUUCUGAGCUUAAUAACCCAAACCCAAAUCUCGACCCUUUACAACCAAUUGUUGAAAGCCCAGUUCUUGUUCCUCCUCCUACUACUACUACUGCUGCCGAUUCCUCGGCAAUCAACAACGUUGCUGGUUUUUCCAAUUCCCAGGUUGACGAUUCCGAGUACGAUCUGAGAGCUAUUCCUGGUUCCGCUGUGUACCCACAAACGGAUAUUAGUGAAGGAAGUCGAAAGCGAUUCAAAUCUUCAACUGGGUCUUGUUCGCUGUUACCUUCUUCUUCAUCUUUGUCCUCGUCGAAUGUGUGUGAGCAGACCCGGCCAGUGGUUCUUGUGGAUUCGCAAGAGACCGGUGUUCGACUCGUGCACACACUCAUGGCUUGUGCCGAAGCAGUCCAAAAUGAAAACUUGGAGCUCGCGGGUGCUCUCGUCAAGCACAUCAGUUUACUCGCGGCGUCUCAAGCUGGUGCUAUGAGAAAAGUCGCUACUUAUUUUGCGGAAGCUCUUGCUUUUCGAAUUUGCAGACUUUACCCACAAGAUUGCCACGAUGCUUCCAUGCUCGAUGUGUUGCAGAUGCACUUUUACGAGACCUGUCCUUACCUCAAAUUCGCUCAUUUCACAGCUAACCAAGCGAUACUCGAGGCAUUCACUACUGCUAGCAGCGUACACGUUAUCGAUUUUGGGUUGAAGCAAGGGAUGCAAUGGCCAGCACUGAUACAAGCGCUUGCAUUAAGGCCUGGUGGGCCACCGGUUUUUCGAUUAACAGGAAUUGGCCCACCUCAAUUGGAUAACACCGAUGCUUUACAGCAAGUGGGUUUGAAGUUGAAGCAAUUGGCCGAAACUAUUGGCGUCCAAUUCCAUUUCCGAGGAUUAGUCGCCAAUAGUUUGGCGGAUAUCGAGCUAUCCAUGCUUGAUAUCCGCCCAGCCGAGGCUGUUGCUGUGAACUCAGUUUUCGAGCUUCACAACAUGUUGGCUCGACCCGGCUCGAUCGAGAAGGUGUUGUCUACGAUUAAGGCCAUAAAGCCCAAGAUUGUCACUUUGGUUGAGCAAGAAGCUAAUCACAAUGGAACCCUUUUCGUGGACCGGUUUAACGAAGCUUUGCAUUACUACUCGAGUUUGUUUGAUUCUUUGGAAGGGUCAUCCGGGUUGGUGCCACAGAGUCAAGACCUGGUUAUGUCGGAGAUGUAUCUUGGGAAACAGAUAUGUAACGUGGUGGCUUGUGAAGGUGUUGACCGAGUUGAGCGACACGAGACAUUGGCUCAGUGGAGGAGUCGGUUGGGAUCGGCCGGGUUCGAACCGGUUCACCUCGGUUCCAACGCGUUCAAGCAAGCUAGUAUGUUGUUGGCGUUAUUUGCAGGAGGAGAUGGGUAUAGGGUGGAGGAGAACAAUGGGUGUCUCAUGCUUGGGUGGCAUACUAGGCCUCUCAUUGCAACCUCUGCUUGGCAACUCGCUUCCACCGAUUUAUAAUGAGUCAACUCGGUUCAGUGAGUGUUUUUUUAGUGAGCAAUAGAUCAGAAAAUUGUCGAAAUGCUGUAGCCGAGUUUAGACGAGUGAAUCGAGUGAGCGAGUGAGUUAAAACCAAUCCAAGUGUGUAGUUCAAAUUUUACCUCUCCUAGUUUUCUUUUUUUUUCUUUUUUUUUUUUUUUUUUUUUUGUUUAAAAUAUUUUUUCUUUGGGGGGGUUGGAUCAAUGAGAAUAUGUAUCUAUAAUUAACUUUAAUAAAUGGUGAGCAUCAUUCUCAACUA